AUGACCCGCGACGCAGCCCAAGGGCGACCAAAGAAUCCCGAACUAGACCGUCGCAUCUUCAACAGCUCCCAGAAAAUCGAUGCAAGAGCGUAUAUAUCUAGAGGAGAGAUUUGGCAACAGCCAGAUUAUCUGGAUCACGAUCAGCGAAGGCCCCACAAGCAUGUGCGGUUCACAGAUGCCUCCCAACCCGAAAGGCGCCUAGAAACACGCCGUCCACGUCUGGCCGGUUUUGUGGGUGAGAGAUCAAGAGUGAUUCCGGAUCCGCAGACUGGCGCCAAGCACAAGGAAAAGGUCGAGGAUAUCCGAGAACGCAUCGAUUUCCCCGGUUUCGGGUACAACGAGGAGUUAAAAACACCAGAGGAGAGGCUCAUGAAGUAUCGCGCGGAUGUACAAAUAUCGCAGCUGCAUCAGAAGCGCUACAAACUCAUAGCUGAACGUUACGCUGCAGAAGAAGCCGAGCUGUGGUUCCAGAGCAGAAUGAUAGCCGCCCAACUCAUGGUGGACGUUGAAGAAUCUCGACAGAGGGCGAACAUCGGAGCUGCUGCAGCUGAUGCAAAAGCGAAUCUUCGUUGA